AUCUACAUUUAUUCUCUAUUCAAGUUCAUGUAUAUUCAAUUCAGAUGUGGUUAAAGAAAACAAACAGUUUUGUGUAUAAUAUUUAUAAGCGCGGUUAUUAGCUGCAUAAGAGUGCUGGUUAAAAGAAAUACCGCUGAAAAGUGAAAUUUACGUUAAAAUGUUCAAUUAUUUGAUUUGGAUCACUAUUUUGCUGGCAGUAGCAAGAGUUGAACUGAAGUCUCUGUUUGAUUACAACAUCAAUAAUCCCGAGUAUGAUGAAACGCAAUCUAAUGCCAAAAACGAUUUUAAAUUUGAUGCUCUAAACGGGCAUUCAAACAAACAAUUAAGCAAACGGAGUCCACCACCACAUGCCAAGGCCUACGGUCGGCGAGCUCACAACGGUCACGGCCCAGGUCAUGGCCGCGGUCCACCUCAUGAAACAAUUUAUUACUAUGAACCACAUUACUAUGAAGUACAUUAUCAUGUUCAAGAUAAAAGCCUUCUAGUACCCUUAUUACUAUUGGGCGUAUUACUGGCAGCAGCUGCUGGCGAGCAAAACGCUCGUAUUGUUUGCUAUUUUAGCAAUUGGGCUGUCUUUCGUCCCGGUGUAGGGAGUUAUGGCAUCGAAGAUAUACCAGCCAAUCUCUGCACUCAUAUCGUAUAUUCCUUUAUAGGUGUUGAUGAUAAAUCUUGGCAAGUGUUGAUCAUUGAUCCAGAGUUGGAUGUAAAGCAAAAUGGUUUCCGCAAUUUCACGCAAUUGCGUAAAAAACAUCCUCAACUGAAGUUGCAAAUUGCUGUAGGAGGUUGGGCCGAAGGUGGUAAAAAAUAUUCACAAUUGGUAGCUGAGCGUACGCGGCGCCUAACUUUUAUACGAAGCGUAGUUGAUUUUAUGAAGAAAUAUGAAUUCGAUGGUUUCGAUUUGGAUUGGGAGUAUCCGGGAGCUACCGAUCGUGGCGGUACCUACGCGGAUAAAGAUCGUUUUUUAUAUUUCGUUCAAGAAUUGAGAAGAGCCUUCGAUCGUGAGGGGGCAGGUUGGGAGAUAACGAUGGCAGUACCGGUAGCUAAGUUCCGUUUGCAAGAAGGCUACCACGUACCGGAGUUAUGCGAAUUAUUGGAUGCCGUGCAUGCGAUGACUUACGAUUUGCGCGGUAAUUGGGCUGGUUUUGCCGAUGUUCAUAGUCCCCUUUAUAGACGUAAACACGACCAAUAUGCUUAUGAAAAACUUAAUGUCCAUGACGGUUUGUUAUUAUGGGAGGAGAUGGGUUGUCCUGCGAAUAAACUUGUGGUCGGUGUACCUUUCUAUGGGCGGACUUAUACUUUAAGCCCCUCUAAUAAAAACUACAAUAUGGGUACUUACAUUAACAAGGAAGCCGGUGGAGGUUCUCCUGGGCCUUAUACCAACGCCAGCGGCUUUUUAGCUUACUAUGAGAUUUGCACUGAAGUUCAAGACGAAUCGAAUGGUUGGAUCGUUAAGUGGGAUGAUGCGGGCAUGGUACCGUACACCUAUCGUGAGACGCAAUGGGUGGGUUAUGAAAACGAGGCGUCCGUGAAAAUUAAAAUGGAUUUUAUAAAGAAACAAGGAUAUGCCGGUGCAAUGACUUGGGCUAUUGAUAUGGAUGAUUUUCGUGGUUUAUGUGGCCAUGAGAAUGCUUUGAUGCAGAUUUUGUAUGACAAUAUGAAAAAUUAUCGCGUGCCUGAACCUACACGCGAGACAACACCCAGGCCAGAAUGGUCGAAACCGCCGUCAACGCCACCCAACCCCGACGAGGGCAGUUUGAUUACAUUGCAAACUACUACUACUACAUCAACUAUAAAGCCAAUAACAACAAUAAGACCAAAACGCCCAGCAGCUACAACAAAAGCAACAAAGAAGCCAUUUAAAACUACCAAGAAGCCUUCGCCUACCGUUUGUAGUGAAUCCGCACAAAGCGUUCAAAAAGAGCCAUCAAUACAAAAACCUGCAAUUACUGAGCCAGAAGGAGUGGUGAUAACAAGCGGCGAUUAUGAGACCAAUAAAAUUGAUUGCGUUCAUAAAGAUUUCGUUGCACAUCCUGACUGUACAAAGUAUUAUCGGUGUGUUCAUGGUAAGCCUGUCGAGUUUCAAUGUAAGGAAGGUACGGCCUUUCAUACGGUGACAAACGUUUGCGAUUGGAUUGAAAAUAGUGAUCGUUACUAUUGUACGCGAUUAAAAGAAAAGCAGACGAGUAGUAAUGCACUAAAGCGAUCAAUUAAGUAAUAAAUACGUUAGAAU